GUGAGAUCAUCGGGGGAUGGGAAGCCCAGCCCCACUCCAGACCCUACAUGGCCUAUCUGCGUAUACGACGUGGAGACAAGAUUUCGGGCUGCGGCGGGUUCCUGGUGGCAGAGAACUUUGUGCUGACGGCCGCUCACUGCCAGGGAGAAGAGGUCACUGUGUACCUGGGAGCCCACAACGUCCGCCAGCCAGAGGACACAAGACAAGAGAUCACUGUGCAGCUCCAGACACCCCAUGAAAAUUACAACAAGGCUAACCUACACAAUGACAUCAUGUUGCUCCAGCUGAAGUCCAAUGCGGAGCUGAACAGCUGGGUUGAUAUAGUGAAGCUGCCGAACGUGAAAGAGAAAGUGAAACCUUACACCGUCUGCAGCAUCGCUGGCUGGGGCUUCACCAGCACAGAGAGUUCCUUAUACCCAGACACGCUCCAGGAGGUGGAGGUGCAGGUGAUGCCAGAUGCCGCAUGUCCGAGGAAACCUGUUUGGCUAUAUGGUCACUACAACCCCAAGACCAUGAUGUGUGUGGGGAACCCCUCCUACUGCAGGGACUCUGCCCAGGGCGACUCCGGGGGGCCCCUGGUGUGUGAUGACACAGCCCAGGGCAUCGUCUCCUGGGGGCCUUGCAAAGCUCCCGGCGUCUACACGAAAAUCUCCGCCUUUUUGCCUUGGCUCAAAAAGACAAUGAAGAGGCUGGGGGACAGACCCCGGCUGUGAAUCCCUGCCUAGGCUGGAGCUGCGCCGCUUGUUUGCUUUGGAAGUGCCCGGAUGUGGGGCAGCAUUCCAGGGGGCUGAGUCCACUCCCCUAAGCUGACCGAUCUCCCCCCGUCCUUGGUCCACUCAGGCAGCCCUCAGCCUAUGAGCAUCCAGGCAGGAGCUGAGGGGGUUUAGGAGCCCAGUUCCUGUUGGGAAAUCCCAAUUCUUUGCUUGCCUUUUCACAGGAACACAGCCGGUCCAUGGCCCCUGGGGUACUGCUCACCAGCCUGGCCCUGGGGUAGACCCGCCGGAUCAGGGCUCUCCCCCAUCUCAGCCGGUUGAUGAGAUUUCUGGGUGAUCCUCGCCAUCCCCAGCCCUGCUGGGCCACAUUAAACCUGCCACCACUGUGCUCACUGGGCCUUCUAGAGCAAUUCCUGCAUCCGAACCGCUCCUGCCUACCUGCUCCCAGCCUGCUGCAUUUCAUUUCCUGUUUUGUAAGCAGCCUGA